UGCUUUUUGCUUUCCUCCUAAUCCAUUCUCACCUUAGUUUCAUCCUUGACCCUCUCCGGACCUUUCGACCAACCCGGGUGUGGGGAUGGUGGAUGCUCCAUUUAAUUGAUAACCUCUUCCCACCUCAUCUGCCUCCUCGUUCUUUAUCGUUAUCGUCAUCUUCCUUGUCAACAUCCAUCUGGCACUUCCCAUUGUUCUCUUACUCCACCGCGCCUUCAUAUAUCUCCUCCCCCCAUCUGUCUCUCUCUCUCUCUCUCUCUCUCUCUCUCUCUCUUACCUACUCUCUUCCUCCUCCCUUUCCAUCAUCUCAUCUCAUCUCAUCUCGUUCAACAAUUUUCCCUUCCCCUACUAUCUUACCUCUCACGACCCUUCUAUCUUAUCUGUACCGGCCUUACCUCCUUCUGCCGUGUACUCCUCUUUCUACACUUCAGUGCCUGCCCUGUUGAUCUCAGUGUCUAUCGGGCUAUUCUCUACUACUCUCUAUCUCUAUAUUCCACUCUAGAGAUCCUCUCCAAUCCCCUGAAGUCA